AUGGCCGAUGCUGCGAAGACGAAGACUCCCAGACCGGGGCCGUUUGCACGACGAACACUGAAGAAAGCAUCGUCGCCAGGGCCUUUGCGCAUCACCAUGCUGAGUGGAGAACUCCUGGGCGAAACAGACGCACGGCGGCAUCGGACAGCAAGGAAGCUGGCGACGUACGUAGGGGAGUACUGCUGCGCCACGCCGGCACCGAAGCAGACCAUAAGGCUACUGCACGCCGGACGAAGGCUGCAGGGCGGGAGACUACGCAUCGAUGCCACAUCAACCGUGCAGGCCGUCUUCCUGCCCUACGUCCAGAUACACGACGGCUCGAGGGAGUCGGAAGACUUCCGCUUGGCCCUGUGGAACAGAAACACCUCGAAGCUGAAAAAAAUACUUUGGCGGCCACUGGACCCCAACACCGUCUUCCAGCAAUUCUACCCGACGCCGACUUCGGGACUGGAACUUCUCAUGCUGAACCAGAACAGACCCUGGUCGCUGCCUGCCCUACGAACGUUGCUGGAAGCCAAAGCAAAACUGGACCGACCCGAAAACAAAGACGUGCUGGCCCUCGCCGUGAGAUAUGCGCCAAGCAGCCACGUGGAGACGCUCCUAAAGCACCGGGCCGACCUGGGCGGCUCCGCGGAUCCCUGGCGGCCCCUGGACAUAGCAUGCCACGACCACCCCGAAAACCUGCUACAGGGCCGUCCACAUCCAGGCAAGAUCACGAUGCUGCUGGCAGCCCGAGCCGAUCCCACGCGAAUGCUCGAGGACCCGACCAGCUGGGCCCAAAACCCAAGCCACCCAGACUGGUCCUACGGAGCCAACCCUCGAAGCCUAGCAACCCUCGUGGCCCUAGCCUGCGCAGCAGCAGCUCACUCAGACCCGGAGUGCAUGCAGCAAGUCGCGCGAGCGGCAGCGAACAAAAGUGCCAUCCCCUUAGAAUAUGUAAGCGACAGCACCCCCGGAAUGCAGGUCCUCACCGCAAGCCUGUGCAGUGCAGCUUGCACAGGCAACGCCCGCAACGUGUGCUGGCUACUAGAAAUGCGAUGCCCAGCAAAUGCACGCGUCGGCCGACACCUCCUGGAAGGUGAGUCCUGUCUCGUAACCAAUGCCGAGAGUCAGUGCACAGCCUUAAACCUCGCAGUCAGAAGCGGCUCCGUCGCCGCCACCCAAGCACUCCUCCACGCCAAGGCCGAUCCGAAUCUCACCUUCGACGAGCUUGCCGCCCUGGACCGAGCUGCGCUGCACAAGGCACCAGCAACGAUAAUAGAAUGCAUACUAGCGGCCAGAGGCGAAGCGACCACGCCCACAGCGCACACGACAUCUCCGCUGACCGGGGCGCAUACCCGAGCGGCGAACCCGACAAGGCUCCUCAGCCCGGGGCCGCCUGCGGACUCGCAACCAAGCAAUGCGCAAGACGUCAGACGGGCCACUGCUCACGUUGGUGAAGCCAUCAUGCAGCCCGAAAGCAGCCGACGGUGGGCCGACAUGACAGACGACGACGAUCAGGCGACCGGCUGGGACUUCGAAGCGUUCAAGAAGGACUACCUGGCGAGGAGAUGCAGCCUGACACUUCUGACGCCCGUGCAUGCCCCAGGCGGAACAAUCAAGAUCGACGAGGCGCGCUGCCUGGAAAACCUCCCCGACAACCGCACCUCGACGGGACACGACCCCGCCCUCCGGCGCGAAGCCAAGAACACCCCGACGGAAGAAGGCAUCACGGCCCCCAAAAAGCCACUGCCGCGCCAGCCACGAUGGACGGCCGACGACGAGAGAGCCCUGGAUCGUGCUUUCCAGCGAGCAGAGGCACCGGAGAGAAGCUACACCCCAAAGGCGCACAACACCUCCCCCGGCAAGCGUCUAGUCCCACUGUGUGCACAGGCCGACAGAGCCGCCGAGGCAACACCGCCAAGAAACGAAGCCGUGGAAGCGGCAAAGCUCGCAAGGAAUGCCGCUGAACCAUCUCACGAAGGACCGGCCGCGCGACGAGGGGGGGCCGAGGCGGGCUCCGACCACGACACGGAGCCCGGACCCAGCGUCGAGGAGCACUUUCGGGGCACGCUGGCCAUCAAGAAGAUGUCAGGCGACGGCAACUGCCUCUUCCACGCGCUCGGAGAGAACACCGGCGAGAGCGGGGCAUGCCUCCGAGCCCUAAUCAUCCAGUACCUCAGAGAGAACGCAGAAGCCGAAGAAGACGAAGAGCAAGUGCAGGCCUGGCUACAGGAAAGCCAAUACCUCCAAAGCGAUCCGGGUCACUGGGGCGGCGACACGGCCAUCAUCGCUUUCACCCGCAUGAGUGGCAACUUGCACGGGCAGCAGCGAGUCCUUUUGCACUGGCGGACGCCAAACGGCGACAUCCUCACGAGCGAGCGCACGCACUCGGACGUGGACGAAGCAGCCCAACGCGGGCCGCACGCAGCACCGAACGCCACGGAAGUGAUCCAUCUCUGGUACAACGGCAGGGACCACUACGACCUGCUGGUGCCCAUAGAGUGGCCGCCAAGCGCCAUGGCACCGCGGACAAGCAGCCGCGGCGCCAAACGCGCCGCAAGGCCCAAGGGGCAGCGGCUCGAGCAACGCCGCCAACUGGAACAGCGAUACUCAGCCGUGCUGGCAAACCAGCCCGCCGCACAGAUUCUGCUGCCGAACCCACACGACAGGAACACAAGCGCGGCCCACUGGCGACUCGAGAUUUCGCGAGCAACGCGCCUGCUGGACCUGCUCCAAGAGCCCGACCACGCCCAGCUACAAGAAGCCCUCAACACGGCAUAUGCCGACAGCUUCCAGGACGAAGACGAGUACCUGAAACAAGACAUGCCCAAGACUGAAUCGCCGGAACUGGAAAGCACCGCAUGGGUCGAGGCCUUCCUCGAGCGGCUCCACGCCAUCGUCAUAAUAACUCGGAUGAAGCACAAGAUCGAGCAGCUCAGCACGCCGGAAAGCCAAGAUCACCCAUGGGAGGCGCGCGUACGGCAUCGCCAGACAGCACUCCAUCGCUUGUUCCAGGCACAUGCCACGCCAGUCCACCUUCACGACCCAUUCCAGCGCCUCUUACCCCGGCCGGAAGACGAGUCCAUCAGCAAGCGCGCCUGGGAGGACUGGCUGUUCGCCGUUCGACAGCUACUCCGACUCGUACCUCAGGGAGACCGCAUUGGAUCGCACAGCUUCGUGCUGCACCACUUCGACGCAGCACUACGACGGGAUCCCAGGCUGCGCAAGGCGCUACCGCAACCAGAGACCGCCACGGACACGAGGAUGGACGCAUGGCAACACGCCUUCCUCGGCGCAGUGGAGGCCAUUGUCACAGCCAACCAAAGUGCGGCUCAAGAGAACAGGCAAGCAGUACGAGCACGAGGGACUCCUCGGACUGCGAGUCCCACAGCAGCAACAACGACUGAAAGAGCAAGCACCGUCAUGGAAAAGAACAACCGUGCCCCCAAACAUCGAGACACGGCGGCGCGAGCAAAAGACGGCACACAGGAAGUGCACAACGAAGACAUGCAGCACAGCGAGCCAAGCCAAUGCAAACACCACUGA